AUGGCUUCCAACGUCCACAAGCGUCUGGGGACGCUGUCCAUGGACAACGAGUUGGACUAUAACCCAUUGACCACCGACGGGUCGCUCCCGUUCGCCCUGCAGGACGUGGAGGCGUCGCUGGCGUUCACGCCGAAACGGAAACCUCAACAAGAACUGUUACGAGCGGUCGACCGCCCAGCAUUCUGUGUACUUGUCAUCCUAUAUUUGCUUCAAGGGGUACCCGUGGGGCUUGCGUUUGGUCUGAUCCCGUUUAUCUUGAAGCUGAAGCUCUCCUACGCCCAGGUCGGGGUGUUCUCGCUCGCCGCCUACCCCUAUUCGCUAAAGCUUUUGUGGUCACCCAUUGUUGAUCUGAUGUACCUGAAGAAAUGGGGUCGGCGGAAACUGUGGAUUAUUCCAAUUCAAACCAUUCUGGGUAUAACCUUGGUGGUACUUGGUGGUUCGAUAAACAAGCUUUUGGUGGAUCCCGCGGCUCAUUUGGGACAAAUCACGGCUACUUUCUUUCUCCUUGUGUUCUUCUGUGCUACACAAGAUAUAGCUGUUGAUGGGUGGGCCCUUACUUGCCUUAGUCCUGAUUCGUUAAGCUUUGCUCUGACGGCCCAGACGAUCGGUAUUAAUACCGGUUACUUCAUGUCUUUCACGAUCUUUUUGGCACUCUCAUCACCUGAUUUUGCCAAUAAGUACUUACGUUCAGUACCCGUGGACCAGGGCCUCUUUACUCUCGGCCUGUACCUUACUUUUUGGGGAUGGGCGUACCUUCUAGUGACGGUGAUGCUCUAUUUCGUUCCUGAAGACCCUGCUCAUUUGAAAAAAGCUAAUGAGGCUCGCCUCGAAACAGAAAAGGCAAAGUCAGAGUCGGUAUACAACAAGCAAGCCGCCGGAUGGAAAGGUAAAUGGCACGAUCUCGUCCACGUGUACCACACUAUGUACCGAGUACUUAAACUCCCUAAUGUGCAAACGUUUGUCAUCAUUUUACUUCUCGCUAAGCUUGGAUUCCAGGCCAACGAAAGUGCCACCAAUUUGAAAUUAUUGGAAAAGGGUUUAUCUAAAGAAGACCUUUCCAUCACCGUCCUCAUCGAUUUUCCCUUUGAGAUUAUAUUCGGGUACUACGCUGCUCGGUGGUCUCAGGGUAAAUCACCAUUAAAGCCCUGGAUCAUUGGCUUUAUGGGGAGACUCGCAGCGGCAAUCAUGGCUCAGCUCGUGGUGUACUUUUUCCCUAGCGACGGCAAAGUCACCAAAACAUACUUUGUGAUGAUUAUCAUCCAGCAUUUGGCGUCGUCGUUCAUGUCCACCAUCCAGUUUGUGUCGUUGUGUGCCUUCCACACCAAGAUCGCUGACCCCUCGAUUGGCGGCACCUAUAUGACUACCCUCAACACAUUGCUGAAUUAUGGCGGUACGUGGCCCAAGAUCAUCGUGUUGUGGAUGAUUGAUAAGUUUACGGUGCUGUACUGUCAACCGGUUACCGGUCUGCAAUACUCGAUCACUCUGAGUGAUGUCAGAGCUCAAUGUAAGGAAGCCGGCGGGGUGGAGGUGUUUGUGCGCGAUGGGUUCUACUAUACUAAUGCCAUUUGCAUCGCCCUCGGGGUGGUGAUCCUCUUCUGGGUGAAGCGGAAACUUGUACACUUGCAGCUGCUCCCCAUCUCCUCGUGGCGGGUGUCGCGGGAGGAGUAG